AUGGACUUUGGUAUGGCGCAUGACGAGUUCGCGGAGUACGAACUGGUCCAGAGGGUUGGUCAAGGUUCCUUUGGGUCGGUGUACAAAGCUUUUGAAAAAACGACACAGACGUUUGUGGCUAUUAAAUGCUUAUCAGCUGUUGGUAACCAAGAAACAAUGAGGGAGAUCGACAUUUUAAAACUUCUUAAGUGUGACUACAUCAUCAAGUAUUACACAUCACUCAGGAGACAAGAGGAAAUAUGGAUUGUGAUGGAGUUCUGCUUUUAUGGGUCAGUUGCGGACAUGAUUGAUAUCCUUGGCCUUGAGUUGCCUGAAGACGUUAUAGCGCAGAUAUGCCACGAUGCGUUGAAUGGACUUAUUUAUCUUCAUCAACACCACAAAAUCCACCGAGACAUCAAACCGGCCAAUUUUUUGAUCUCUCAAAAUGGGACGGUGAAGUUGGCGGACUUUGGCAUAGCAACGACCCUCGACGCAAAAAGUCACCACAAGACUUUAAUUGGAACGCCGUACUUUUUAGCGCCUGAAAUAGUUGAUGAAUCUGGGUAUAAUGAAAAGGUAGAUGUGUGGGCGUUAGGGAUCUCUGUGAUAGAAAUGGCCGAGUUAUAUCCGCCGUACUAUAAUAUCUACCCGAUGAAAGUGUUAAUGCUGAUUCACAAGAACCCCCCUCCCAAAUUGAAAAACGAGAACGAACACAGUCUUUUAAUGCGCGAAUUUUUAAGUUUGUGUUUAGUGAAAGACCCGGAUCAAAGAGCACGAGCUACUACCCUUCUUCAACACCCAUUCAUAACUAUGAAGAACAAACAAAGUCUUGUCGUUUUGUUAGAUCGACUCUCCGAGAAGAUUCAAGAGAACGGUGGUAUUGAAAAGGCACUCGAGCUCAUCAAAAUGCGGAAGAAAGAAAUGACUGCACAAAAGCCUGAUGUCCAAGACCAACGACAAGACCAAUCUCUUAAAGAUGAGAUGGAUGAACUCGAUGAUAUUAUUAAAGGAUUUGCGAUGGCAGAUGUACAAGAAGAUGAUGAUGUUGACAACAAUGAAACACUUCUUCAACAAGAACCAGAAAAGUCUUUAGCAGAUGCGGACGUGAAAAGUUUAGUCCAAAACAUGAUCACUUCCCCAUCAAAACCAGAAGAUAUGCCAAUCCAUAAAGUCCCAACGCGAUUCUCACCAGUACCGUUGGCUAACUUCCCGUGGCACUCCGAAAAGGAAAUUGGAGACGAGAACAUGAUCGAACAUGAACAACAAGACUCGCUCAACAUCCCAAAAGUGUUUGCCGUCGAGUCGGAACGCACCGCAGAGGAACGAAAUAUGCCAUCACCCAUCUCCUCCUUCUCCAAUGAAAAUCCAAAUCAACCGUUUGUUCCAUUGAGAAGAGAGUACCAAAAUUUGGAUAGUAAAGUCCUUCUAGUCAAGUCGAAUGCGGAGAUCACGCGGAAAACGAUAGAUAACGGGGACAAUGAAAUUGUGAGGUUUUCAUCCGAAUGGAAAGGAGUGAGUGCGGGAGGGUGUCAUGCGUUCCCGACGUGGCGAAACAACUUACAAAUCAGUUUACAAAUUCGUGUGAAGACCCAAGUCCGCAUUAGUUUAGAGCAAAUAGCGGAAGAGAGUAACUUGACCCAUAUUGGGUUAUACUUGUUGAAUGCAGAAGAGUCGAAAGACCGCAAACGGAUCUUAGAACUUGAUGAUGAAAGUGCGAGUGGGAAAGGGGUCACAUUUUCUGCGAAGAGGCGAAUAGAACAAACGGUUGAAUUAGAUGUUGGGUGGUAUGUUGUCUUUGGAUGCACGUACCAACCGAACAUUCGGAGGAAGUUCAAUUUAGAGUUUGAGUAUUUGUAUGCGUCGUGCAUAGUUAAAGCAUUGAAUGAGAUUGACACCGAUUGGAAAAUGUAUCAAAUCAAUGGAGAGUGGACGUAUCACACGAAUGGGGGAAGAGUGAAAAAUAGUUCGUAUCAAUGGUGCGAUAACCCGAAGUUCCUUAUGACGGUCAUUCACCCGACGCCAAUGUUUAUAGUACUCACUGCAAAUGUCGACAAAGAUGAGGACGAGGUCGGCUUUGUAAUGUUUGAGAAGAACGCGUAUGAAAUGCCACUCUCCGUCUUGAUGCCUGGAAACGUCAAAGAGGAGAGCGACUUGAAUGAAGAUGGCAGUGCUUCUUUAAUGCUUGAGCAUGAAAUUGAGACCCAUAUUUUGUUACCAUAUCUGCAAGGAAAAUCAGCAAGAGCAUCAUUUCAAAUCUAUGUGUAUUCGAUGUGGGAAAUUUAUAUGUCUGCAUUCUUCCCAACAAAAACAGUGUGGGCACAAGGGGCGUGGAAUAGCGAGACUGCAGGAGGCAGUUUCACAUACAGCGAUUGGUGGAAGAACCAACAAUUUUAUUUGCGAAUAGGAGACUCGACGCGAAUAGUUGUCGAGCUGAUCGAAAAGGGCAAUUCGGAUGACAAAAUCUCGAAGGGGAUGACGAUGAUUCGAGUCAAUAAAGACGAGAAAGUGUUUAACUUUGAGAACAAACAAAUUGUCUUCUCAACGGAUUUCACAUACACCGGGUCGAUCACUAAGACAAUUAAUGUCGAACACGGGGAAUAUAUUAUCAUCCCAAUGACUUUAUUCCCGGGUGACUUCGGUAGCUUUACUAUUGUUGUGCAUGAGUUGUUUGUGUAUUCAUUUGAAUCGCCUUCGAUUGAAUUAAAAGAAGCCAACACAUCACAACUACCCAAUUAA